AUGGCAGGAAAUACGGGUAUGGAACAAUUAAUCCCAAUCGUGAACAAGCUCCAGGAUGCAUUCACUCAACUCGGGGUGCAUAUGCAACUUGAUCUACCACAGAUCGCAGUGGUAGGUGGUCAAAGUGCAGGAAAAAGUUCAGUUCUUGAAAAUUUUGUUGGAAAGGACUUCUUACCUAGAGGAUCUGGUAUUGUAACCAGACGACCACUUAUCUUGCAACUGAUUAAUAGUACAACUGAAAAUGCUGAAUUCUUGCAUUGUAAAGGUAAAAAAUUUGUGGAUUUUGAUGAAGUACGGAAGGAAAUCGAAGCAGAAACAGACAGAGUUACAGGCAGUAACAAGGGUAUUUCUAAUAUACCAAUAAAUUUAAGAGUAUAUUCACCUAAUGUUCUAAAUUUGACAUUGAUUGAUUUGCCUGGCCUCACGAAAGUACCAAUUGGAGAUCAACCAGUAGAUAUAGAGUCUCAAAUUAAAGCUAUGAUCUUUCAGUUUAUCAAAAGAGAAAAUUGUCUCAUAUUGGCAGUAACACCAGCAAAUACUGAUUUGGCAAAUAGUGAUGCCCUUAAACUUGCUAAAGAAGUAGAUCCUCAAGGUGUUCGUACAAUUGGCGUUAUUACAAAAUUAGAUCUUAUGGAUGAUGGUACUGAUGCAAGAGAUAUUUUGGAAAAUAAAUUAUUACCCCUAAGACGUGGUUAUAUAGGUGUCGUUAACAGAAGUCAAAAAGACAUAGAAGGUCGAAAAGAUAUAAAAAAUGCUCUAGCAGCAGAGAGGAAAUUUUUCUUGAGCCACCCAUCUUAUCGACACUUGGCAGAUAGGUUAGGGACACCAUAUUUGCAACGCGUUUUAAAUCAACAAUUAACAAAUCAUAUUAGGGAUACUUUACCAGCAUUAAGAGACAGAUUACAAAAACAAUUGCUUGCUCUAGAAAAGGAUGUGGAACAGUACAAACAUUUCAGACCUGAUGAUCCUGCCAUAAAAACUAAAGCUAUGUUACAGAUGAUACAACAGCUUCAGUCAGAUUUUGAAAGAACUAUAGAAGGUUCAGGAUCUGCACAAAUCAAUACAAAUGAGCUCAGUGGAGGUGCUAAAAUAAACAGAUUAUUCCAUGAACGUUUUCCAUUUGAAAUAGUUAAAAUGGAAUUUGAUGAAAAAGAACUGAGAAGAGAAAUUGCUUUUGCUAUUAGGAAUAUUCAUGGUAUCAGGGUAGGUUUGUUUACUCCUGAUAUGGCCUUUGAGGCAAUAGUCAAAAAACAAAUAAAUAGACUCAAAGAACCUAGUCUGAAGUGCGUGGAUUUAGUUGUACAAGAACUCAGUAAUGUUGUACGCAUUUGUACUGACAGGAUGUCACGUUAUCCUAGACUGCGAGAAGAAACGGAACGUAUUAUAACCACUUAUGUUAGACAACGAGAACAAUUGUGCAAGGAACAGUUAAUACUUUUGGUUGAUUGUGAACUUGCAUAUAUGAACACAAAUCAUGAAGAUUUUAUUGGUUUUGCCAACGCGGCAGCCAGUAGCCAUAAUGCAAGUGCUCAACAGUCCUCAGAAAAUGCUGUUAAAUCUGGUCGUCAUACAUUAGGAAAUCAAGUAAUACGCAAAGGAUACAUGUGUAUCCACAAUCUCGGUAUAAUGAAAGGUGGUUCAAGAGAUUAUUGGUUUGUCCUAACGUCAGAGAGUAUUUCUUGGUUCAAAGAUGAAGAAGAACGUGAGAAGAAGUAUAUGCUACCUUUAGAUGGAUUGAAAUUGCGUGACUUGGAACAAGGGUUCAUGUCCCGACGUCAUUUGUUUGCUUUAUUUAAUCCAGAAGGCAGAAAUGUUUAUAAGGAUUACAAACAGCUUGAACUGAGCUGUGAAACUCAAGAUGAUGUUGAUUCAUGGAAAGCUUCUUUCCUCAGGGCUGGUGUAUAUCCCGAAAAAUCAACAGAGCAAGCAAAUGGUGAAGGAGAGGAAGGAUAUGAGGGUGGAUCGGAAGCUCAAUCAUCAAUGGAUCCUCAACUUGAACGUCAAGUGGAGACCAUUAGAAAUCUGGUGGAUUCGUACAUGAAAAUUGUCACAAAAACAACUCGUGAUUUGGUUCCAAAGACAAUUAUGCAUUUGAUUAUAAACAAUGCAAAGGAUUUCAUUAAUGGAGAGUUACUGGCACAUCUAUAUGCAAGUGGUGAUCAGGCUUCAAUGAUGGAAGAAUCACCCGAAGAAGCACAAAAACGAGAGGAAAUGCUACGCAUGUAUCAUGCAUGUAAGGAGGCACUUCGUAUUAUUGGAGAUGUUUCGAUGGCGACAGUAUCUACUCCAGUACCACCACCUGUGAAAAAUGAUUGGCUAGCAUCUGGGGAAAAUCCAAGUCUUGGGUUAUCACCACCAUCUCCUGGUGGGCCAAGACGCGGAGUGACACAGCCACCACCUCUUUCUAGUUCUCGAGCCCCACCUCCGGUUCCGUCUGGUGGUCGACCAGCACCGGCUAUUCCUAACCGACCUGGACCUGGUGGACCUCCGCCAGCCCGUGCCACACCUGGCCUACCUCCUCCUCUUAUACCAUCUCGUGGGGGUGGUCUUCAGCAGAGGGUGACGCAAGCUGCGACGCAGGCCGCUGCUAAUGCCGCCGUGAACGAGCUGAUGGAAGCAUUCAAGAUCAAGCGUCCUGUACCCAAUAUUCCUCCCCGAAUUCCUGACAGACCGUACUACGGCCGAUUAAACUGAGCUAAUCCAUGGAAAGCACACGACAUCUGUGCACAUCCACGCCCGAAAGUAUUCGAAGAGUUUCGUUCUGAAACAAGCCGAUGACCGGGACACGAAAACGAGCUCAGGACGAAGAGAUGGAAGACGUUACCCAACAUUUUUAAGUGGGUGAUAGAUGAGAUGAAUUCGGGUGAGAGAUCCCCUCCAGGAUCAGAACGCACGUCCUUUUCAGAUCUGUGUCCUCCUUUAAUUUUGGUUAAUGUCGUUGCACAAAAAUUGUUGAUCGUUUUCGUCCGCGUAAAGAAGAUCGGAAAGGAGGGACGUGAUCGAUGAACGGAGCAGGAGGAACAAGGCUGUGCCACAAAAACAAAACGGAAGAGGAAGAGGGACCAAGAAAUGAACAGACGAGAGCCAUUGUAAGGGAAGAAGACGGUUUACUAGUCUGUUACUAUUAGCGAUCAGUCGACAGCCAGAGAUCCAAUUAGUCACUUCUACUUCUUCUUUCUCUCUUGAUAUUUCAUCUUCUAUGUUAUUUAUAACGUCGUUAGACGUGUUAGAUUACAUGUUAGUUGUUAAGUAUUAAAAGAAUCGUCGAUGUGCUGGAUGCGCACGACGAAUGCUGGAGGAACGAUUGUUAGCUUGUGUAAGAUGCAUCUUCCGGCAAGAAGUGACACGGUUAUUCCUUUAGGACUCGUUAGCGACUUCGUUUUCUUUCAUUAAUGGUUAUCAGUAUUAUAAAACAAAGAGAAGAAUCGAAAUCGAAAUAUGUAUUCAUCCUCAUGGACUGCGGAUGUUAUGAACACAACUAAAGAGACUUCUUCUAAAUGUAUCUCUUAAAUAUUCUAAGUGUUAUAUAAAGAGUUCUUUACAUCGGACAUUUUGUAUAUUUUUACGUAUUAUAUAUAUUUUACACGUUUUUACGUACAUAUCUAAGUUUUCUAUGCAUGAACAUCCGCAGUCUAAUGAUAUAUUAUUUAAAAUCGGCAAACCUUGUAACUGUUUAUUAUUAAUUUAUCAGUCUGCAUCAAUCGAUUAAGAACUUUUCGUAAAUAUAACAAUGGAAACUAGAACUUCUAAAACGUUUAGGAAAACCAUAGACAUGAAAAUUAUAAUUAAAUAGUCAUCGGUUUUUGCUUCUUGUCCGGGGACUCGCUAACAAGGUAUUGUUCAAAUGAGAUUCGUGGACGACGUAACGCGCAACCCGAUUACCUCGAUUUUAGGAACUUACUAGAGCAAAAGAAUACACACGGUUCACCCUACGAUUCGUUUAAUUGACGGGUGAACGAAAUACGAAAUGAAAAUAUUCGAUCGACAACAGCAUUCCAGAAAUGUCCGUGUGCAUGCCUUUGCAAAACAAAACAAAAACAAAGUAUGCAUACAUACAUAUAUAUAUAUAUGUAUGUAUGUAUAAGUAUAGAAUGGGUGAAACCACUACGAAUCAUAUUGUGAUAAUCACAUAAAAUGCAACAGUUCUUUUUGUACGGUUAAUUUAUUGAAAUACGAUGACGAUGCCAUUUUACAGCUCGAAUUUAGGGAAAAAUAUGAUACAAUUUACGGACAACGAAUUACGGAACAGGAAUCCACCAAUUUGAUCAUUUUGCGGUUGAAAACGGAAUUAGAUGUACAUGUAACGCGCGAAAACUUUAAUCAUUUUUACCUUUUUUUCUUGUUACAUUUGCAUCUUAACGCGGUAGCUGUCAUGAUAUAGAUGCUUUUGAGGGAUAGGAUACAGGAAAGCCAGGGUCGUGUCCUGUUCCUCAGAAAAUAUUAAUUAUUUUAAAA